UCGCCUUAAUGAUCUGCUUAUAUAUAUAUUCAAACCAUAUUAUCAUCUCAUUACAAAGAAAUCAUUUUUGCAUAAAAUCUCAUAUCUUAAACUAUACAAUCACUUAAUCUUUGCUUGGAGUUCUUUUUUUCUUAAGCAUAAAAUGAUUAAACCCUUUAUUAUUUCUCUGUUUGCUCUGUUGAUGGUAGCUUCUUAUGGAGCUACAGGAAAAAUGUUGUUCAAGGAACUUGACAUUCUUGGGAAGCUUGAGAACCUCGAUGUACCUGAGGAUGAUAUUGAGGAUGAUGUGACCUUCUUUGAUUUCUCGUCGUUUACAAGCCAAUAUUCUGGUAAGAAUCUGGUGAAUGUGGAUAGCUUUAAUGCAUCUGGAGAUGGAGUUUCUGAUGAUACUCAGGCAUUUAUAAGAGCUUGGACCAUGGCCUGCUCUGCACCAAACUCUGUUUUAUUGGUUCCACAAGGACGUAGCUAUUUAGUAAAUGCGACGAAAUUCGAUGGUCCAUGUCAAGAAAAAUUGAUCAUUCAGAUUGAUGGAACAAUCAUAGCACCAGAUGAGCCUAGCCAAUGGGACCCGAAAUUCCCAAGGAAUUGGCUUCAAUUUUCCAAACUCCAAGGAGUUGUAUUCCAAGGGAAUGGAGUUAUAGAUGGUUCUGGUACCAAAUGGUGGGCUGCUUCUUGCAAGAAGAACAAGUCUAACCCUUGCGUAGGCGCACCAACGGCUCUAACUAUAUAUUCAAGUUCAAAUGUGUAUGUGAGAGGCUUAACUAUCCGGAACAGCCAACAGAUGCACUUGAUCAUACAACGGUCAACUACAGUUCGAAUCUCUAGAGUUAUGGUCACAUCUCCAGGAGACAGUCCCAACACUGAUGGAAUUCAUAUAACCGCAUCUACCGAUGUUGUAGUCCAAGACAGUAAAAUCAGCACAGGAGAUGAUUGUGUCUCGAUUGUGAAUGGAAGCGCCAAGAUAAAGAUGAAGAGGAUCUACUGUGGACCAGGACAUGGAAUCAGUAUUGGAAGUCUUGGACAAGGACAUUCGAAAGGAACCGUCACUGCAGUUGUGUUGGAAACUGCGUUCUUAAAGAACACAACUAAUGGUCUAAGAAUCAAGACAUGGCAGGGUGGUAAUGGUUACGUAAAGGGUGUACGUUUCGAGAACGUAGUGAUGCAGGACGUUGCGAAUCCGAUUAUAAUCGAUCAAUUCUACUGUGAUUCACCAUCAACUUGUCAAAACCAGACAUCGGCGGUUCACAUAUCCGAGAUAAUGUACAGGAACAUAACCGGAACCACGAAAAGCUCAAAAGCCAUCAACUUCAAGUGUAGUGACGCAGUCCCUUGCAGCCACAUUGUCCUCAACAAUAUCAACUUGGAAGGCAAUGAUGGAAAAGUAGAAGCAUAUUGUAACUCUGCUGAAGGGUUUGGUUAUGGUGUAGUUCAUCCUUCUGCGGAUUGUCUGUAUUCGCAUGACGACAAGAGCUUAAACCAAACUGAUCAGUAUUUGGCAGAAACUAUUAUGGUCGAAAAAGAAACUGAAAAUGCUCAUGAUGAGCUUUAAGGUGAUCACAUAUUUUGACGGUCGUUGUAGUGAGGAAUGUGCACGUUAUAUUUAGUUGUAAUUCAUCUUUAGCAACUGACCUUAUAUAUAUAGCUUGUUAAUGAAGCAUAUACAAUGAGAUUGAAAAGCAUUGUAGUGUUUAUAAAUUGAUUAUAAUUAAGGUAAAGAUUAAUAUUUUUGU